AUGCUCGCCAUCACGCUCGCUGCCACCUUGUUCGCCCUCGCAAACGCCCAGUCCGCUCCCGACUGGAAGAUCAUCCCCAAGGCCUGUGCCACCCAGUGUGCCAAGACCAUCGAGUCGUCCUUCCUCUGCGAGAACCAGUACACGGGCGGCACGGCCAUCUACAGCUGCUUCUGCGAGUCGUACCCCACUGAUGCGGCCGACUGUGCCACCUGCCUCGGCUCGAACAAUGCCGCGGCUCUUGGCGCCCUCCUGACCUCGACCCAGACCGACUGCGCCGCCCAGCGUAAGAGCUGUGCCUUUGCUUGUGCCUUUGACACUUGCGACUCGGCCGACGUUGCUUGCCAGUGCGACGCCGGUUACCUUGCCAACAUCUUCAACUGCGCUAGCUGCAACACGGCCAACGCUAACGGUGGCACUAGCCUCACCGACUUUGAGGCUCUCAAGAACUCGUGCGCCGCCCAGAACUUUACCGGCGCCGCCCAGGAUUUUAGCACCUUUGUUCAGGCUCCCACUGGCGCCGCUGGUUACCAGGCCCCCGUUCUCACCGCUACUGGCGGUGGUGACGCUGCUACCGGCUCGUUCCAGCCCGCUACCGACAAGGCCGCCGCCACCGCCGCCCAGGGCGCUGGUGCGAGCGAAGCCUCGGGUUCCGCUGGCGCUUCGGGUUCCGCCUCCGCUGGCGCUUCCGGCGCCAAGCCCUCGGCGUCGGCGGCUUCUGGCUCGGGCGCCCACUCGUCGGGCUCCUCUGCCGCCGCUUCGGCCGCUGCCUCGAAGCCCGCCGGCUCGGGUGCCAUUGCCGUCGUUGCGCCCGCCGCCCUCGUCGGCCUCGUCGCUGGUGUCGCCACCCUCUUCUAA